AUGAGUUUGUCUUCAAGAAGAGUAGCAUUGUCUGCAGUUAUGCCAAUUACUCUGCAAAAAUGGGUAAUUAAAGUGUAUAGCGAAGACGAUACUAGCAGAGCCUUGGAAGUACCAAGUGAUAUAACAGCCAGGGAUGUAUGUCAGCUGUUGAUAUUGAAGAACCACUAUAUUGAUGACCACAGCUGGACUCUGUUUGAACAACUUACCCACACAGGUUUAGGAAGAGCUAUAGAGGACCAUGAAUUAGUGAUCGAAGUCCAGUCAAAUUGGGUAAUGGAAGAGGAAAACAAACUGUAUUUUAGAAAAAAUUACGCCAAGUAUGAGUUUUUUAAAAAUCCACUGAGCUUUUUUCCAGAUCAUAUGAUUUCUUUUCCAAGUGAGACCAGUGCAGCUGUAAGCCACUCUGGGAUAUUACAGAUGUUCCUAAGCUCCAGCACUUAUCCUGAGAUUCAUGGUUAUUUGCAUGCAAAGGAACAGGGAAAAAAAUCUUGGAAAAAAAUGUAUUUUCUUUUGAGAAGAUCUGGCCUUUAUUUUUCCACUAAAGGUACAUCUAAGGAGCCAAGGCAUCUGCAGUUUUUCUGUGAAUUCAGCAAUAGUGAUAUGUACAUGUCUUUGACAGGCAAAAAGAUUUCUGGAGCACCAACAAACUAUGGAUUCUGCUUUAAGCCUAACAAAUCAGGAGGAACCAGAGACCUGAAACAGCUCUGUGCAGAUGAUGAACAAAGUAGGACCUGUUGGAUGACAGCAAUUAGGUUGCUUAAGUAUGGGAUGCAGCUGUAUCAGAAUUACAUGCAACCAUAUCAAGGUAGAAGUGGCUGCAGCCCUUUGAAUGUAACACCUAUGAGAGGCAUUUCAGAAAAUUCUUUAGUAGCAAUGGAUUUCUCAGGACACAGAAGCAGAAUUAUAGAAAAUCCAACAGAAGCCCUUUCAGUUGCAGUUGAAGAAGGAUUAGCAUGGCGGAGGAGAGGGUGCCUACGACUCAACUCACAUGGUAGUCCUAUUGCCAUGUCUAACAUGGCUAUACACAGAUCUCAGUCAUGGUUUCAUCAUAAAAUCUCCAGAGAAGAGGCUCAGAGACUUAUUUUGCAGCAUGGACUUGUAGAUGGGGUAUUCCUGGUACGUGAUAGCCAAAGUAACCCCAAAACAUUUGUAUUGUCACUGAGUCAUGGACUAAAAAUAAAGCAUUUUCAAAUUGUACCAUUGGAAGAUGAUGGGAAGCUAUUCUAUACCCUUGAUGAUGGUCAUACCAGAUUUACUGAUCUCAUCCAGUUAGUGGAAUUCUACCAACUUAAUAAAGGAGUGCUGCCUUGCAAGUUAAAACACUAUUGCGCACGAAUUGCUCUUUAA